CGUAUACAUUCGCAGCACACGCUCGGACCGCCGCCGCCCGGCUCCCAAGUUUGCGCCGGCACUAGCUCGCGAUCGUGUCUCUCCGCAGCCGCCGAAAGCCCGCCAACGCCGCCGUUGCGUUCGCCGAGUCACACGCGUUCUUUCGUUUCCGCGGGUUUUCGGAAAACAUAAAACACAAGUACAAUUAUAUAAUAUUAUCAUAGGCCGUCGUCGAGUCGUCGUGUUUUCGCGUGUUUUUAAUUAAUAUAAUAUUGUGAUCACCGUGAUCGAAAUUUAGUUUUGUUUUCCGUUUGUUGUUCACUUCUCGUGUGGUUUGUUUUUUUCGGUGCGGUGAUAUUAAUCGGCCCCGGUAUUUCGUUCUCAUUAUAAUAUUGUUUUUUGUCGUGAAGUGCGUCGGUAUAUAUACUAUCACUUAUAAUAUCCGGGAACUGAUAUAAAAUCGAACACAGUUUGGUAAAUUCUACACGCACACAUAUAUAUAAUAUAUAUAUAUAUAUAUAUCGGAAUACGAUAUAUUAUAUAUAUAUUUGCUAUUACGUGGUUUUUUUUUUUUUACUUUUUUAGUGCGUCACGUGUCUUGUGUGGUGGACUAUAUAAUAUAUGCCUCUAUCGUCAGUUAAAUAGCGACACGCUGACCGUACACGGGUGCGCCAUUUCAUUGUCCACUGCUACAGGACUGACGGAAAGCCCGAAAAGGUUUAUUUCAUCUGAUCUAUCCUUAGGGGAGGGGCAUACAAAUAUCUCGCGAUUAUAAUAAUAUUCUAAUUUUCACCCAUCCCCGUCCGCGUUUUAGUAAUAUACAGCUGAUGCGUCACGAAAUUGUUUUUAUCCACCGCGGUAUAGGUACGACGUGACUUCGUUACUUAUCGUCCCCGCGCACAUCAUAUCAAACUUACUAGGACAAAAACACGCGUGAAAAAAUAUUAAUAUUAAUUGUCACUCGUGCCCAAUAAUAUAUAUAUAUGUUGGAUGUGCGCUACGUCGUUUCGUGUGCGGACUAAUCAUUCGAUGUGUACGCGUUUCGCGAGGUGUCGUCGUCGCCGGCCGCGCAUUUUCGCCGGCGAUAAACACGAUGAUCGGGCGUGACGGCGCUCGUGAGUGCUGUGGGCGACAUUAUUUCGGGCAAACCGCUAGUGGCCGCCAGACGUUUAGCGGCACGUAAACUUUGCCGAUACGUCAUUAAUAAUAAUAAUAAUAAUAUUAAUUAUCCGUCCGCGUGCAUCUCAACACAGCUGCAGAAUGCCGGCGUAUGUCGUUAAAAUAAUUUGGACGGAAAAAAAGAUUUUGAAAAAGCUGUGUUAUAUGUAAUACGAAGACUCGGGAAGAUUAAGAUAAAAUGACACAGACGUUGGACAAAACAAGAAUUAUGACCCUAACAAGUACCCCGUGUGACCUGAGUACCAUGAGUCUGUUUCAAGACCUGAAACUGAAGAGGCGCAAAAUAGAUUCAAGGUGCAGCAGUGACGGUGAGAGCAUAGCGGACACGAGUACUUCAUCACCAGACGUCGCUGGCCCGGCAUCCCCAUCAAGCCGAAUGGACAGAUCGGUACCGUCGCCCGGACUUAUCAUAUCGAUGGAUAGAAUGGCGUCGUCUCCGGAGUGCGGCAGCAUGACCACGGACAGCGGGCAAGACCCGAAUGACGUGGGAGAAGGCGUCAAGGUCAAAGAGGAGAUGUUAGACGAUCUGCAGCCGAAAGACAUGAUCGGGACGGGAUACGAAAAUGGGACGGUGGCCGAUAACAAGACGGAACCACCGUCGCCGUCGCCAUCACCUUCGGCGGUGGUCACAGCGGCGCUGGCGGCGGCGACGGCGGCAGCGCAACACGAGCAGCAGCAGCAAAGGCGCGAGUCGGUGGUGAUGACCAGCCCGUUGAGUUGUGUCGUCAAGUCGGCAACAACGCCGCCGCCGCCACAGUCGUUGUCGUCAUCGUCGUCGUCGUCGUCGUCACUAUCGCCACCCUUGACUUGGACGACGGUGACCUCUCAAACGAAUCCGCCGCCGCUGAGGUGUUACACGCCCUCCUCCGUCGCCGACUCCAUGUCGGUGACACAGCAGUACCAGCAGCGCCGGCAAUCCGUCGUAACGUCCGUGUCAUCGGCGUUUUGGAACGCGGGCACGCAGACGUCGCCCGCGUCCACGGCGCCCGGCAACGCGUCCGUGGCCACCGCGGCCGCAGCAUCCGUGCUGUCCGUGUGUCGCAUCAACGGCGUCCGGCCCGAGCUUAUUGGCGGUGCGGGUUUCGCGACCACGGCUGCGGCUGCCACCGGCAACACCGACAUGAAACCGCCCGCCGCCAUACCCCCGCGGACCACCCGGUCUGCACCCACCGUCAUUAUGGGCGAAGCGGGUGGAGUGCGGACGAUGAUAUGGUCCAGUCCACCCUGCACCGUGGAACAGUCUACGUCACCAGCCAGCACUGGCUGCGGUUCCGUACCGUCGACGGUCAGCACGCCGUACUGGUCAUCCGCGGCCACGUGGUCGUCCAACACGUCGUCCGCGUCGUCCCCGUCGCCGUCACCCUCGGCGGUCAGCGAAGAGUCGGCCGCCCAUCUGCUGUUAAACCUCGGCGUGGCCGCUGGUCAUGAUGUGGCGUCUGUCAUCAGCCACAUGCCCGGUCUCAGGCCCAUUGGUGGUCAGCUGCAGCAGACAUCUGUAGCCAGUGGUGGAAAUGGCGGCGGCGGCAACGUCACCGGCGGUGGACAGCAGAGCUUUCACGUGCCGCUCAAUAUGGAACGGCUGUGGGCCGGCGACCUGUCCCAACUCCCGGUGGCCGCCACGCAUCAGAUGCACGCGCUCAACCUGACGGCCAACACGGGGCCCGAAUGGCCGAUGGCCGGUUCCAACGGCGACAACAAAUCCGCACCUGUCAACGCUUACCACCAGAUGGAGGAAGCCGAUGAACAGGAACAACCCAUGGUGUGCAUGAUCUGUGACGACCGAGCCACGGGUCUUCAUUACGGCAUCAUCACUUGUGAAGGAUGCAAGGGGUUCUUUAAACGUACCGUCCAAAACCGGAGGAUAUACACGUGUAUAGCUGAAGGCACUUGUGAAAUAACAAAAGCUCAAAGAAACAGGUGUCAAUAUUGCCGGUUUAAGAAAUGCAUCGGUCAAGGAAUGGUGUUGCAGGCCGUUCGAGAAGAUAGAAUGCCCGGUGGACGAAAUUCCGGCGCUGUUUACAACUUAUACAAGGUAAAGUAUAAGAAGAAGAGGCCACCGAAGAACGGACAAGUCAAAAUGGAGAAGUCCGUCACAUGCACCACGGCCAGUACCAUGACUACGAUGAAAACGGAAAACCAGGAUAAUAACUCCACAUCCAUGUCGACUCUGGUUAACGGAACCAUAUUAAAGACUGCACUGACGAACCCCAGCGAGGUCGUUUAUCUCAGACAACGACUAGACAACGCCGUGAGUUCGUCAAGAGACCGUACGUUUUCGAUCGAAGCUACGGUGAACAUGAUCAAGAACCUCGUAGACUGCGACGAGUUUCAAGAUAUUGCCACUCUGCGGAACAUGGAGGACUUGCUCGAACACAAUUCCGAUUUGUCAGCCAAACUGAUGCAGAUCGGUGACUCAAUCGUUUACAAACUGGUGCAAUGGACCAAGCGUCUUCCGUUUUAUCUCGAAUUGCCCGUCGAAGUGCAUACGAGACUUCUGACACACAAGUGGCAUGAGCUAUUAGUGUUAACCACUUCGGCGUACCAAGCAAUACACGGGCCCCAGAAGAUUUGGAACUCCACCAACAUGAACGGUGACCGGAACGAGGAUUCCGAAUUCCACCAAGAGGUGUCUCAUAAUCUGUGCAUAUUACAAAACUGUCUGUCCUCGAUGAUGGGCAAACCCAUAACGAUGGACCAGCUCCGACAAGAUGUUGGUGUUAUGGUGGAGAAGAUCACACACGUCACACUCAUGUUCAGGAGGGUAAAGCUGCGAAUGGAAGAGUACGUGUGCCUGAAAGUCAUAAUUAUGUUGACACAGAAUAACGGCAAUACCACUAGUGAGCUGGAAACCAUCCAAGAGAGAUAUACGUCUUGUUUAAAGACUUAUGUCGAACACACUUUUCCCAUGCAACCCAAUAGGUUGCAAGAUCUCCUUCAUCGACUGCCAGAGAUUCAGUCAGCCGCUUCGCUCUUAUUAGAGUCAAAAAUGUUUUAUGUGCCUUUCCUCUUGAACUCCACGAUCAGAAGUUAGUGCGUACAUUAUGCACAGAGGAUAGCUACUGAUCAUCAUUAUUAUAAUAGAAUAGAACCAGUUACCAAAAUAAUAACUAUAUGUAAUAUAUGAAAGUGAAAAUGAAGAAGAAAUUUGAAACGUCUAGAUUUUGUCUACCUCGCACGCAUGCGCGUGUGAACGCUACCGUAAUAUAGUUAGUAUGUAUUCGUUUUGUAGGUAAAUUGUGCAUUGUUGAUUGUUAUAUUAUUAUGUGACCGAGAGGAGAUUCUUAUAUUAGGAAUAUAUUUUUUUUAAGUUUUUCUUGUUUUUUAUGUAUUACUAAUACGUUUCAUUUUGUGACUCUUGAGUUUUUCCUUUGCGAUUUGGGAGUUAUUAAUCGUUGAAUCCAGCUAUAUAAAAGUAUCUAUAAUGUUAACAUAAUGUUAGUAUAAUAAUAUAUUGUCUGUGAAAAUUUGCCCCACGUCUGUAUAAACUACGUAUAUAUAUAUAUAUAUUAUUUUAAGAUAGUAUAAUUAUUACGAUAUGAGAAAAGUUUGCCGAAAGAGAUUAUAAUAAUAAUAAUAUAUGAUGUCGAUGAUAUAGGUAUACGCGUAUGGGUUACCUUUGUAUUAAUUAGACUUAAUUGUAGUUGUAAUGUUAUAUUGUAUUUCGAGUGUAUAAACUCAUGCGUACAGUACCUAAAUCAUGUAUAAUAUAUAUAUAUAUAUUUAUAUAUUAAAUACGUUAGUAUAGGUACGUUUUGUUUAAAUGAUGUAGGCUGAUUGCUGAAUUAUAUUAUCUUCUCUCUCUUUGUUUCUCUAUUUUUCCAACCCCCCCCCCCCCCUUAUCACUCUAUCAUUCUCUCUAUUUCCGAGUGUUUCUUUACGGUAUACUCUCCUCCUAAUUUUGAUCGAGUGGCGUUAGGCAAAACGUAAUGGGCACCGUCAUUGUAUUCGUAUUGAAUACUGACACACACACAUACACAUACAAACUCUCUCACAUACAUAAUAUAUUCGAAAUGGCUAUAAAUUAUUUUGGUAUUUCUGAUAACUUUGUGAUUUCUUAUUAACGUAAUUUAUAAUUAUUAUAUAGUAAAAAUAUAGUUUGACUUACAUAAUUUUCAUUCAUCGCGUAAUAUGUAUAAAUAUAUAUUACUUUUGUACCUAUAUUAUUUUUUAAAAAAUAAGUGAAUACUUAAUUUUUUUAAUCAACACACUGCCAGUAUAUAAAUAACAAUUUUGCAUUAUACUACUUUUAUAUUUUCAUAAAAAAAAAAUAAGUUAAAAAAAUAAAACGUGAAAACUAUAUUUUUAUACAUUUUUCGUAUAAACGAAAAAUUAAUUUUAAAAUAUUAAAAUAAUAUAGUAAUAUACAAUUUAAGUUAAAUUAAAUAUUUAAAUUUCGUUAGAUAUCUGUCUAUAAUAAUAUAUACAUAAUAUGUAUAUGCAUUUCUCGACACCGUUUCGACGGAUGGUUGGUAUCCAUUUAAAUUUAACACUUAGGUUUUUUUCUAAAUAAAAUCCUAGUGCGCUUUCAUCGCAACCGUAUCGGUUGGAUUGUUUUCAAAUGCCCCACUAUUCCUCCAGCAAUUUCUAGGUUACCUAUAAAUACAAAACAAUAUAAUAUGAUAUAUUUACCUCAAAUAGAUAACCUAUUUAAUAUUCACGAUUAUACAUAAAUAUAUCUAACCGCUUAGGUAGAUUCACUUUACACUAAACUACAUGUUUAGAUUAAAAACUAUAGCUGAAUAGGUAGUCAAACGUUAAAGUUACCAAUUUAUUGAAAUAUAAUAAAAACGACUCCUAAACUAAAGAAAAAAAAGAAAUUAUUAUAAAUAAUAAAAUAUAUACCUACGGGUUAUAAACUACGUAGGCUAAGGUGCAUAAUUAAAACAUAAAACGAAUAUUAGGCUCGAAAAAAAUAAUGUUGAAAAUAGGUACACACAUAUAAUAUAUAUAUGUUGCAAACAUGUUCCUUUAGUUUAACUGGUAAGAAAAAUAUUGUAAAUUAUGUCCAAUGUGUUUUUUUUUUUAUAUAUAGGAGUAAAAUACGAUAUUGGGGAUAGGUAUUAUUAUCUUGUUUAACCUUUUUUUUUUUUUUGUUAAUUUGUAACCUUUAUUAUAUUCUUGAUCGUUAUGAAUUGUGUUCCAACAUUACUAACGUUGUACUUGAAAACUAGAUUUUGUAAAAUGUUUAAAUGUUUAUUAUUUGUGUAUAAGAAAAAUUAUUUAUAAUACUAUAAUAUAUAUAAAUAUAUAUAUGUAAUAAUAAUAAUAAUAUUAUAUUAUGUAAACACUGACUGUUUUAUCCGUGAAAAUCGGUGCCUUUGCGCUUGUUUUUGAUUUUUUUUUUUAAAUAAUAUUGUAUAACAGAAUCUGUCUUUUAAAUAAAAAUCAUAUAAUGUAAUAUGUUUGAUAGAAAUGUAGGCUAUAAAAAUAAUUUUUUUUUAAAAAUGAUCUAUCGAAGCAAUAAAAGUAGUAAAUGAAAAAAAUAAUUAAAUAACUGAAUCAUAAGACUUGUUUUAUUAUAUCUAUACAUUAAAAUAAUCAAUUUUUCAAUUUUAUAUGAUGAAUUCUAUUGUACGAUUUUUAUUUUAACAUUUUUACAUAGGACAUAAAUUGAAUAAUUCUUUAAUCAAUGGUUGUUUAAAAUUUAAUUUUAAUCGACUAAUAUAAUGUAAUAUUUUUUUCGGUUCUGUUUGAUUUUUUCCGAACGUUUGUAAUAUAAUAAAAGUGAUAAUUUGGAAUUAAAAUCUUUGGGUUUUUUUUAGUUUUAAUUAGUAAAUUACACGCGAUGAAUGAUUUUGUACUAAAAGUUAAAAAAAAUAAAGUUAGAAACACGCAAUAGCUCGUCUCUUAGGCCUGCUGUGUAUUGUUCAAAACGUUUUAAGUUCACACAACCUUAUUUAUAUAUUCCAUCGGUGUAAUUUAUUAUAGUUUAUAAUCAAUUUUUUCUUGUAUUUUGAUACUGCGAUUUAAUAAAUCAAUAUAAUUUUUUUUUUAACUAUGUAACGAUGAUUUUUAUUUUAAAUACCCAAAUGACUGUAAAACGUUUUGAAACACUUAACAAUAAUCGCAUGUAAAUAUAUCUUUUUCUUAUGGAAUUCUAUGUAAUUCAUGACACAUAAAAGACAAUUUUAUACGUUUCAUAAUUUUUUUUUUUAACUACGGUUUUCUAAAAGAAAAUCAUUAAUAUAAAUAUUUAAUUGAAAAUUAUAACAUAAUUGUGAUAACUAUUUGAACAUCAAAUGAGCUCAAUUGUUUUACUUUUUUUCUAGAUAAACGUGAAUUUUUCAAAAAUAUUUUGCUUUAAAUUUGACUUUAAUACUAUAUGAUAUUCACUGCAUAUAUAUAUAUAUAUAUAUAUAAUAUUAUAUAUAUGUAUAUUUUUAUUAUUAUCAUUUUUUAUUACAUUUUUUUUAUGAGUGUCGUCAUUUUUUCUAUAUAAUAUAUACGCAUAUUAUAGCCUACAUGACUUAAAACAAUACACUAGGAAAUUAUUUAUAUUUUGUACAUAAAUUGAUAUUUUAAUUAAUAUAAUAUUUUAUUUUGUAAAUAAAAAAAUGUUCAGUCAGUAUUUGUACAAAAUCUAUAGACAUUCACUUUACACCUACUACUAUAGUGUAAUAUUUUGAUUUUUGAUACGUUUCAAGUAAAUGAUUAUUACAUAUUAUUAGCUAGGGUAUUAAAUUAAUUGAUUAAACAUGCUGAUUAAGUUUUGAAAGAUAAACAUAAUAAUUAUAAUAUAUAUUUGAUGUUGUUUGUUUUUUUUCUUUUUUAAUGUCGAUACUAGUGUAAUAUUGCAUUUUGUUUGUUUGUUUUUAUUUUAAUUUUGUUUUUAAUAUUAUUAUUAUUAUUAUUAUUAUUAUUAUUAUUAUUAGCCUAUUUAAAACCUGUGUUUGGAAAAGAGAAAAAAAAACUUUAUUUUUUCUUCUGUAAAGCAAAAUGAAAAAACAACUCUUAUCGUAUGAUAUCUUACAUGUAAAGCCUACCUAUUUGUUUUAUAAACUAGACAGGUAAUUUGGUAAAUAAAUAAUAAUAAAAUAUAAUAAUAUUGUUUUUUA